UGUUGAAAAGAAGCAGCGAUACAGAAAAGAUCUACUUUAUCAUCUGUGUCAACUGUCACUGCGACGGUUAAAUACAAAAGUUUUCUUUCUUACAUUUGCCGAAUACACAAAGCACAAAACAAGUAAACAAACUCAAGCAAUAAACAAAUUAAGGAUCAUCAUGGAUCAACUUAAUGUUUCGUUUGAGAUCGAUUCAGAUGAAUCGAUUACUGAUUUACUCAAUUCGACAGCCGAGAGCAUUCACAAGUUAAAUGUUGACACUGAAACGCUGCAAGAAAACUUAAUAAGCGCAACCGACCAAUUUAUUGACAAAAUCAUUAUUUACUACUUGCGACAUCUCAGCCUCGUUGGUCUCGAAGACUUGAUGGAAUUGCUAAACGAACAACGUAAAAGCUUUGACCGGCUUCCAACACACAAAAAACAAAUCCUACAAAUGUUCCGUGAAAAUAGAGAAAUGAUUGAUGUGAUUUACUUCAUUCGGUGUUCUAAGUGUGAUAAAAUAAUUGAAAAAAAUUCAGAAAAUAUGGAACGAGCUGUAUGUUGCGAUACUAUUUUGAAGAAAACAGAAACAAAUUUUUUUGUGUACAUGCCACUGGAAAAGCAAAUUGUCCAAUCCAUCAACCGCAAUUGGGAGGCCAUCAAAAAUUUCGACACAUCUAACCGGGACAACGAUAACAUAUCCGAUGCACAUGACGGUGAUAUUUUGAAGGAAGUGUUGCAGAAAUACGACGAUGACGAUCUGAACAUUUUAUCAUUAUGUGUUAACGUUGAUGGCGCGAACAGGUUCAAUUCGAAUUCAGUAUCGUUGUGGCCGAUUCAAUUCAUUCAAAACUAUCUACCACCGGAAAUUCGAUUCCUACCACACAAUGUACUUGUGUCUGGUCUGUUGUCCACUGAAGGUCACUUUGAUUUUCGCGAAUAUUUCCUCCCAAUUGUGAGAGAAUUGGAACGUUUGGAGCAAGAAAAAAUCGUCAUGACCAUUGAAAAUGUAGUUUACACGUUUCAACCAGUAGUGACACACUGCGCUGUUGACCUGCCAGCUAAAGCGAAAAUUCAGGAAACAAAACAGUUCGGAGGCUACAACGCUUGUAGCUAUUGUCACAUUCCCGGUGUGCAAGUUUCCAUCAGCUGCAAGACCAAGAACAAAAAACGUAAAAUCAAAUACGGACAGGAAAAUGUUCAGUCGAAGAAAGUGUUGCAGAUUCGCUAUCCGGAAGGAACUGAUUCGUUCGCGCUACGUGAUGAGAAGGACACGUUACAGAAAAUGAUUGCUGCAUCGAAGUGCACUAAUAACGCUGUGGAUGGCAUAAAAGACGUUUCGUGCUUAGCAGCGUUACAACAUUUCAAUAUUGUGAGAAGCAUCGGCAUUGACUAUUUGCAUGGUGUACUGAUUGGAACCGAGAAGCAGCUGAUCAAUUUUUUUUGCGAUCCAUCGAACAGCCAGUCCAGUUACUACAUAACGAAGAAGAAACGAGAACUCUUAAACAAGAGAAUUUUGUCGAUCAAACCGAUUCGUGAGGUGAACCGUAAGCCUCGAUCAUUGGACAUGCGAUCAAAAUUCAAAGCAAGCGAGUACCGGUCAAUGCUUUUGUACUACCUUCCGGUUUGCCUUCAGGGUUGCUUGCCUGAUGUGUACUUGCAACACUUCCGCAUUCUAUCGGCUGCAAUUUACAUAUUAAUGAAAUCGGAGGUCCCACGCAAAGCAAUUGAUGAAACCGAAAUUAAGUUGCACCGGUUUGUGAAGCAACAUCAACAAUUGUUUGGUGUUGAAAGUAUGGUCAUGAAUGUACAUUUGUUGAAACAUUUGGCACAAGACGUGCGGUGGUUGGGUCCGCUUUGGUGCCAUUCAACAUUUCCUUUUGAAAGAAACAAUGGUGUCUUGCUCAAAAAGGUGAAUGGUACCACAGACGUCUUACUUCAAAUUUCUUCGAAGUAUUGCCUGGCAAAAUCCAUCAAGCAAACUGCACGUUCGAAACCAAAAACUAACAAAAAAGUUUUACUUGGCAAAAGUGUAAAGCUUGUCGAUCCGUCGCUGCGCGUGUUCAACAUUGAAAGCUUAAAGGAAAUUGAUCUUUCAAACAUCGAGUUGUAUGUCCAUAAACGCAUAAAUUUGAACGACACCAUUUUCACCAGCACAUCAUACACUCUACCGAAAAGAUCAGUCGACUAUUUCGUCGAGGCGACUAAUGACAUAGUUGGUAAAGUAAGAUUUUAUUUUGAGUCUAACAGCAAAGUGUAUGCGGUCAUAGAGGAGUUCGAAGUAAUUGACAAUAUUGCGCAUAUAUUGAAAGUGCAGCCGACAAAUCGUAAUAUUUUGGUAUCGGUCAACCAAAUCGAGCAAAAAUUUAUUUAUAUGAAGGUCGGGUUCCACGAAUAUAUUGUUUUGCCUCCGAAUCCGUAUGAGAAAGAGUAG